UGUUGAGCAAACACCGCUGGAUGCACUCAUCAGGGAUCUAUCAGGGAUUUUUUUGAAUCCUGCAGCGAUCCAUAGACGCAGAUGGGAUCAGAUCACUGCCGCACCUCCUGUCCAGCAAGUGAGGAUCCAAACUCUGUUUGCUGAAUGUUACAUCAAACUGGAUACAGUGACAUACAGAAGAACCGUGAAGAGUAGUGAGUCCUCUCUUUUUACCCUUGUCUGUAAUGGAUCAGAGUGUUUUGAGUACAUCCAGGUUCCACAGCACAGAAAUAUUUGUUGAAUGAAGUCAAACCUAUGUCUGUAACAUGGGAUGGAUGUCAGCUUUAAUCUGAGUUAUUGUUCAAUAGCAACAAGAAUGCAAGAACCUGAGCAAAGCGAUCUGCUGGGGAUUUUUCCAUUUUUCUUUGAGGAGAAGCAGUUAAACAGGUCCAAUGAGUCUUUGCAGGACUUUUUUAGGGGAUUCAACUUUGAGAAAUCCGAUAUAAUUGGGGACACUUCUGCCAUAGUCAGAAUCAUCAUCUCCAUUGUCUACUCAGUAGUGUGUGCCCUUGGACUGGUGGGCAAUGUCCUGGUACUGUACCUUAUGAAAACUAAGCAAGGGUGGAAAAAAUCUUCAAUCAACCUCUUUGUAACCAGCUUAGCAAUUACAGAUUUCCAGUUUGUGCUGACUUUACCUUUCUGGGCAGUGGAAAAUGCCUUGGACUUCAGCUGGCUGUUUGGAAAAGCCAUGUGCAAGAUAGUGUCCUACGUAACAGCGAUGAAUAUGUAUGCCAGCGUGUUUUUUCUUACAGCCAUGAGUGUAGCCAGGUACUAUUCUGUGGCAUCUGCCCUUAAGUCAAAAAGAAGACCCAUAGGAUGCUCUGCCAAGUGGGUCAGCGUCCUCAUUUGGGUUUCUGCUAUCUUAGCCUCAUUACCUAACGCAAUCUUUUCUACAACCGCAACUGUGUCCAGUGAAGUGCUUUGUCUGGUUAAGUUUCCAGUUAAUAAUGGUAAUGCCCAGUUUUGGCUGGGACUCUAUCAUGCUCAGAAAGUUCUACUAGGCUUUGUAAUUCCUCUGGCAAUCAUUACAAUCUGUUACCUGCUGCUGGUGAGAUUUAUCACAGACAGAAAUGUAAGUAGCUCCAGCACCAAGAGGAGGUCCAAAGUGACCAAAUCGGUGACCAUUGUGGUCCUUUCGUUCUUCCUUUGUUGGCUUCCUAAUCAAGCCUUAACCACCUGGGGUAUUUUAAUAAAAAUGAACGUAGUGCAAUUCAGUUAUGAAUAUUUUACUACCCAAGCAUACAUCUUUCCCAUCACUGUGUGUCUGGCUCACUCCAACAGUUGCCUGAAUCCCAUUCUUUACUGCCUGAUGCGCAGAGAAUUUAGAAAAGCUCUUAAAAACCUCUUCUGGAGGAUGACUUCUCCUUCUUUGACCAACAUGCGACCAUUUACAGCCACCACCAAACCGGAGCAGGAUGAACAAGGGCAUGGCAUGGUACCCUUGAACCCAGCAGAACCAGAUGUGAUUUGUUACCCACCAGGUGCUGUGAUAUACAAUGGGAGAUAUGACCUUCUGCCUAGCAGUUCCACAGAGCAGCGUUACUAGGGAGGAGGGUGGACUGACUGAGUUUAACCCCUAGUUGCCAGAUGGGAUCUGGAACAUAUUAUAGUAAAAUGUCUAGAAGAUGGAGGCUUUUCUUAGGGCUCCACACUUCAUGCAGGUAGGGCAGGGUGGAAAUUGGGGGAGAAAAGAUCUCCAUCAGCCAGGUUGAUCAUCUCUCAAAUGUUGCAGCUGAUGUGGUCCUCAUUCCCUCUAUUGCAAAAGCUAUUGGGUAAGAGUGAAUGCGUUUAACCCUUUAGUGCCAAGGGCUUGAGCAAUGCAUCUGUUUUGCAAAUGGGUAUUAAACACCCCUGCUCUGAAUAGUUUAACUUACAAUUGAUCAUUUAUAAUGCCAUGUAAGAAAUAUUUCAGCUGCAAAAUAAAUGUAUCAUUUUGAAUCAAUUAUGGUGGCAGCUGAUGGACUCUAUUAGUUAUUUUGUUAAAUAAUAGAUUGGUUCCAAAUGUUAAACUAUUGUUAACUAACAAAAUCUACAAGUUUGAAAGCUAAAUGCAUUGUAAUUAGUUAGGCAUCCAG